AUGGGAACUAAUGAACAUGCCGAAAGCAAUGAGAAAGAAGAUGAUCGCUCAUCUAAGUCAAAGGAGAUUGAGGAAGACGAGGAUGACUUAGCUGAGUUGGUGGCUAACGACGACAUCAAAGCAAACAUGGAUUUCAUAGAAAAACACUCAGACAAUAAUCUCAAGAAAAAUAUAGAUGUUAAUGAGGAAGAAGAGGAAGACUCAUCUGAGUCAGAGGAGAAUGAGGAAGUAGAUGAUGGCUCGGGUGACUUGGUGCUAGGAGGUGAUAUUAAAUCAAGUAGGCGUCAUGAAAACAUGGAUUUGGGAGAGAAGUUCUCCAGCAAUCCUCUCAAGCAAAUUGUGGUAGCUAAUGGGCAUGAAGAUGAUGGAUCUUAUGUUCAGAAGCUGAAGCGAGCCAAGAUCGUGAUUUGGGAGGUGAAAUAG